GGUGUACGUAGUUGUUCGUCGGGGAACAGAUAUUAUUAUAUGUAUAUAGUGUACUAUAAUAUGUUUAAUUCACAAACGUCGGCAGCAUGACCUCAUGACAAGCACGUUGAUUUGUUUUUUUUCGGUUUUUUUUCCAACUUCGCAUUUCUUGAUAUUUUGUUCCCGUAGUGGCGUAGGACCUAAUUGGUCCCUCUCGUUAACCGUUGUCUCGUCGGGCUUCACUCUACAGUCAUCUGUCUGUCGCGCCUAUAACGCUCUCGAUUAUCAAAUUGCCUAAAGUUUCCGCCGCCGUCUGAGAUGCGCUCGCGUCGUCAAUAAUAAUAUUAUUUACCGCCGUGUCGUCGUCAUUAUUAUUAUUAUUAUUAUUAUUAUUAUUAUUAUUAUUAUUAUUACUAUCGUAUCAUCGUGUAGUAGUAGUAGCAGCAUCAGCAGCAGCAGUUGGUUUUGUUGAAUCGACGCCGCAGUCAAACAAUAGCCGGGUACCUAUAUUUGAAGAACGUAUCUCUGUGCUGUCUGCGCUUACUCGUCUAUAGGCAGAGGUAACAAUAUUGUAUUGUUAUCGGUUUUAACUUGGCCAAAAGCAAUUUCGAAGCAAUGUCUUUUCCUCGUGUCCAGGUCACUUGAAGUGCGCUGACAAUGGAUAAAAACGUUGUGGUUGAGGACGACAUCAGCUCGCUGAUCGGACAUUUUGCAAAGGAGACAUUCAAAUGCACCAAUAGCGAUUCGUUCGGUUUUGAUGUUAUGGAAAAAUGUUUAAAUCUAUUGCGUCUGGACUAUAAAUUUAUGAUUAUUGAUAACAGCAAAGGGCGUAUCAAUGAGCAAUAUCCGCAUAAAAUACCAAUUUUACAACAUGAAAGGUUUCCAAGAGGUCCAAGAACUUCAUCUAGUUCUGUUGAUGACAUUUCACCAAAAGGAAAUUGUAAUCGAAAAAGAAACAGUUUAGGUGCUCCAUCACCUAGUAAUCAUUCAUCUCCAGAGCCCUUUGUACGAUCUCAAUCACCUAGGCUCAGUAGCCCCAAAAAAACCAGUGAAGUAGUUGGUACUGAUGUAGUAUUAAUUGAUACUUUGAUCAAUGAAGCCAAAUUUGCUCGAUGCCGCAACCGUUUUGUUGUACCAGUUAUAUUGUACCAAGGAAAAUAUAUUUGCAGGUCUUCAACAAUAGCAAGAAUGACAGAAAUAGGUCUGGGAACUGCAACAGCAAAAGGUCUAUCUUUUGAAGAAUUCCGCCAAUUGGAUAAAAAAAGAAAAUGUGAUGUAGAAUUACUUAAUGCUUGGAAAGUAGGAACCAUUAUUGAUUUAAUGGUUGAAAAUGAAAAGCAGAAAUAUUUAUUUGCCGUAACAUCUUCAGAAAAAGUAGAUGAUACUCAAAAAUAUGCUGUGUUUCGUAUUAUACCUACACCAUACCCAGGAUGUGAAUUUUUCCUUGAUUUUAAGAAAAACAAUUAUAACUCUGAAGGAUUAAUGUUUGAUUGGUCUGAUCCAUCGAUUGAUUCAACACUUAAUGUGAAACCCAAUCCUGCUGUUGAUCAGUUGGAUAUUCAAUGGAGUAAAUACAAGGAGUGGGACUUGCGACAACUGACAGAAAACUACUUAAGCUUGAUGUUAAAAUAUGUUUGGUGUUCAUCAAAAGGAAUAUUAAUCCAUUGCAUCAGUGGUUGGGAUCGUACACCCAUGUUUAUAUCACUAUUGAGAAUGUCCUUAUGGGCUGAUGGUGUUAUCCAUAAAUCAUUAUCCCCCAGCCAGAUUCUUUAUUUAACACUUGGGUAUGACUGGUAUUUAUUCGGACAUAACCUUGAAAAUCGUCUUGAAAAAGGAGAAGAUAUAAUGCAUUUUUGUUUUCAUUUCCUCAAAUACAUUUUUAGUGAUGAUUUCAAGACACCUUCUAUGCCUUCUGCAGUUACGGCACCUAGUAGUCCUAAAUAUUCCUCAUACAUGAGUGAAUUUGAUUUAACUGAUUUGGAUCAAUUAGAUAUUCGUUCACGAAAUAACAGUAAUGGCAGUAAUGAAGAUUUAACAAAUGGUAAGUCCUAUGAUACAUUGGAAGAUAAUCAUUCUCAAUUUGAUUUUGAACCAACUGCAACAUCUAAACUAAAAUCAAUGAAAAAACCGGCAGAGAAGUUUUUUAUAAAUGAAACAAUAUACGAAACUGAAGACAUUGAGGAUAUUGAUGAUGAUGAUUUUAUUAUGUCUGAUGAAGUAGAAACAAAACGGUACAAAUGCUCAUCUCCCCGUAGGCGGCAUCGUUCAGUUAGGUCUCCAGAAUUAGAUUUUGAUUUCGAUGAUUGUGAAAUCCCAUCUAAUUUAGAUAGAACUAUGCCGGUUGAUAUGCCUACUUCACAUAAACAUAUAAGAACCUAUUCAAAUUCAAGUGAGACUGAUGAGUGGUCAAUGGUAACUCAAACCGGUAGCCUGAAUGGUAAUGAUUUGUCUGAGAAUAGAUUUCGACCUAUUUCAUCACGAGAAAACAGAUUAUCUGCUGUAAGAGAAUUGUUCCAUAAAUGUUACAGUACAUACGGCUACAAAACAGACGGUCCAGAAGGUAUUCUUAGCAAAUUAUUGUUUUGAUAUCAGACCAUAUGUAUAUAAAAAUAACAUUUUAUUUUCAAGGGUACUAUUUGCAACAUAUAUUGUAUAAAGGGUCAAAUAGCUUUUUUUAUAACAUGAAUAGUAUCUGACAUCAUUUUCACUUUUUUUCUGUUUAUCUGAGCAAACCCGUUAAAUGCUUUUACCCUAAAUUAAUUUUUAUUAUAUUACAAUUUGGCAAUAUUAAGUGCAUCAAAAAAUAAACAGCCAACUAUUCAAUUUUAAUUUACAUACAGCGCAAUAUGUAUGACACAAUCUUUAUAAAUACAAUAUGAUCAAAUGGAUAGAUCAGCUCUUUCUAAUAUUUCUGUAUCAACAUUCCCAAUAAAUUCACAUUCAAAAUUAUAAGUAUAUGCAUAUAUUUGUAUAAUUUAUAGUAUUAUAUUUGCUCUUGAUAACUAUUUUACCUCUUGUAGCUGAUAACCAUACACAAUAAAUAAUUGUGUGAAUAACAUGUAAAUUAAAACAUUUAAAUCAUUGUUUCAUAUAAAAAUUUAACAAUACAGGGAAAAUGUGUCAUACUAUCUUCAAACCUAAAAUUAAUCCUAUUUUAUUUUAGGUACAUAUUUCUUUAUGUAUCCAUAUUUUGUGUAUUACCACAAAAUUAUAUUUAUAUUGCAAUAAUUUACAAAGAAAAUAAAGUAGUAUAUUAAAAUUGAAUGUACAUAACUAAGGGUAUGUGGUAGUAUAAUCAGUACUUUUGCCAACACACGCAAUAUCAGAAUCAUGUUUCAUAUUUUUUUUUGUGUUGUGAGUUAGGGGAGUUUGACUUAAUCUGGGAUUAUGGUGCAUUCAGCUUACAUUUUAUCUACAUUUAAUUAUCAAGUCACAGGGAGUAAAUAUUUCACUGAACAUUUGUCAAAAAUACAUCAUAACAAUUAUAGUAGCAUGCUACCACCUGGAAUGUUUGAGUAAAGAAAAUAGUGUCAUAAGAAGUUCAACACAAUCAGUUGCAUGUGCGAAAUGAGUUCCUUCCCUUGUGGACCGGAAUAUAUCCGCAAGUGUAUUGUUUUUAAAAAAUAAAUGUACAAAAUACCAAUUCUAUUUAAGAUUGAAUCUAACUAUUAUCAAAGUUAAAGAUAAGAACAUAAUCUAUGUUUGUAUGUUGGUUUCUACAAUAUUAACAUUUUUAAGUAAAAUAUGAGCAAUAUUACAAUUUAUAACUCAUUUAUAAAUUUAAAUAUCAUAAAAACUCAACUUACAUGUACAAAUAAUGUUUUACCUUUUAGUUAAAUAUAAUAUGAAUUCACUAUAGGAUCAAAAAUAACAGCAAUAAAUUGAUUUGGCUGAAUUUACACUUUCUAUGCUUUAUGUUAGAUGGAAACUACACAUGCAGGACUUACACAGGACAGGGGGUUCUAGUCAGAAAUGUUUGGGUCAUUAUUGAAUAGGUUAAUAUUGUGUCUCUUAUAAUAUGACAAGCCUAUAUAUGUAAAGUAAAAUGAACCUCUUGAAAGAUAUUUAUUCAUGUAGUAUAUUUGUUGCCACAUUCUUAGGGGAAAAUGGUAUACUACACAACAAUACCCAAUGAGAACUAGUCUUAUCAUGAUAAUUUCUGGUGAGUGAGUACAUGAUUCUAAAUAAGCAGGCAUAUCAGUUAGAUAACUGUGAGCACAAAACAUUCUUCAGACUUGAGAUCAACUCUUAAUUUUAUUAAGUGCUAUGAUAAAAAUAAACAUUGUCUAAUUGAUAUCGAUCUUUACAUGCGUGACACAAUAAUACAAAAAACAAGGAAAUUGAUGCUGAUAUGCUUAUUUAUUUAGUCAUGGGCACAAGGUUAGCAUACUAAAGUACUUUACAUCUUAUACAUAUUUUUUUUAUUAAUAAAAAAUAUUUGUGGCAACAGGUCAUUGGGAAUUCAGUUAGUUAAGUUCCUAUAAAAUAUAGGAAAUACGAAUUGAACUAUUAUUAUUUUUAAAUGUAGUGGGUCAAUCAAGUUGUGUUAUGCCAGUAAAGCAAGUUUUUGACACAUCCAUCUUUAAUUUAUCUUAAAAUCAAAUAAUGUAACAUUGUGUUAACAACUACCUUGAAUUUUAAAUAUUUACACACUUAAAAAUUAAUUAUAUUACUUAAUUUUUACUCAAGUGUUAUGGUAUAAUACUAUAAUAUAAAUGUUUAUCUAUAGAUUGUUAUUUAUUGAUCUUGAGAUAUAUUAAAAUUAAAUAAUACUUUAUACUAUUAACUUAUUUGUAGUGUUAUAUGUUGACCAUAACCACACCGUAAUUUGGUGAAACGUGUCUGUUCUAAUCCGUAUGAAAAAUCCAUAUUAUGUUUACACCAUAUAAGUCCAUUGUACAGUAAAUAUGAAGCAUAAUUUUGAUAUUUCUUUGUGUGUAAAAUUUUGAAAAAAAGAUAUACCUACUAAUAAUGCUAAUAAUGUUACCACAUUCCUUUAAGUUUUAAAUUUUUAUAAUUUUUAGAGAUAAUAUUACGAAUAUUACUUGCAAUUAAUGAAAUUAGACAGAAUCAGAGUACAUAUUGUAAUAAUGGUAUGGUAAUAUUUGUGUUUUUGUAUAUUCAUAAACACUUCAUAUUUAUUUUGGUUAAUUCAUAACUUCGGUAAAUAUGUACACAAAUAAAUUAAUAACAUACUUAUGAUAAAAGAA